CCCCCAACGCCACCUAACACCAGCGCAAGCACCACUACAAGUACACCGGCACCUGAAAAACAGGGCCUUAAUGCACCUGUGGCCGCCCAGAAAUCCCAGUCUGCCAAUACAGGUGCAGCUCAGUCCAAACCCCAACCAUCCCCUGCAAAGGUUGUUAUGACUAAGGAGGAGAAGGCAAAGCUAUUGCAGCAACGUAUGGAGGCCAUCAAGACAAAAACAGCGGCUCCUGCUUCUUCCG